GCGGCCGUGGAAGCAGGUGUGCUGGUGGACGCGGAGGCCUCAUUGCAUGCGGGAGAAUACUCGGCUGGAACGGCAGGGGAGGCCUCAACACAUGCGGUGGGCAGAUCACUGCCGACGGAGGAGGCCUCAUCGCAUGCGGUGGACAGACCAUUGUCGACGGAGGGGGCCUCAUCAUAUGCGGGGCAGCAUGCGGCACGGCUCCUGAACUCUGCAUUUUGCUCUGCACGAUUCCCUGGAACACUGCGUGCAGGGGCGAGUCGGCAAAGAGGAAGCGGUACUUUGGGUUAUCCCGCUGCGUCUGGCGAACCAUGUCUACUACCGAAGGGUUGAGUACCUGAGCUGUUGCCAUCUUUUCCAGCGCAAACCGCUCCUCGUCUGACAAAAUAGAUAGCAGAGGCGGUGGCCGUGGUGGUCGCGAGGGCGGAUUGAAAUUGGGAUGCAUUUUAAUGGAACAAUUAAUGAGAAAAAAUAAACAAAAAAAUCUGGUGAUGGUGAUG